AUGUCGCAGGGUUACGAUACAUUGCUGGGCGCGGGCGGGUCGCAGCUGUCGGGCGGACAGAAGCAGCGCAUCGCGAUAGCGCGCGCCGUGCUUCGGAAGCCGGCCAUCCUGGUGCUGGACGAGCCGACGGCGGCGCUGGACGCGGCGGCGCAGCGAGCUGUCUGCCGGGCGCUCGCCGCCGCCGCCAACGGGCGCACCACGCUGCUCGUCUCGCACACUCUGCAAGGUAAGCAUGCUGGACCUGGACGAGCGACGGCGGCGCUGGACGCGGCGGCGCAGCGAGCUGUCUGCCGGGCGCUCGCCGCCGCCGCCAACGGGCGCACCACGCUGCUCGUCUCGCACACUCUGCAAGGUAAGCAUGCUGGACCUGGACGAGCGACGGCGGCGCUGGACGCGGCGGCGCAGCGAGCUGUCUGCCGGGCGCUCGCCGCCGCCGCCAACGGGCGCACCACGCUGCUCGUCUCGCACACUCUGCAAGGUAAGCAUGCUGGACCUGGACGAGCGACGGCGGCGCUGGACGCGGCGGCGCAGCGAGCUGUCUGCCGGGCGCUCGCCGCCGCCGCCAACGGGCGCACCACGCUGCUCGUCUCGCACACUCUGCAAGGUAAGCAUGCUGGACCUGGACGAGCGACGGCGGCGCUGGACGCGGCGGCGCAGCGAGCUGUCUGCCGGGCGCUCGCCGCCGCCGCCAACGGGCGCACCACGCUGCUCGUCUCGCACACUCUGCAAGGUAAGCAUGCUGGACCUGGACGAGCGACGGCGGCGCUGGACGCGGCGGCGCAGCGAGCUGUCUGCCGGGCGCUCGCCGCCGCCGCCAACGGGCGCACCACGCUGCUCGUCUCGCACACUCUGCAAGGUAAGCAUGCUGGACCUGGACGAGCGACGGCGGCGCUGGACGCGGCGGCGCAGCGAGCUGUCUGCCGGGCGCUCGCCGCCGCCGCCAACGGGCGCACCACGCUGCUCGUCUCGCACACUCUGCAAGGUAAGCAUGCUGGACCUGGACGAGCGACGGCGGCGCUGGACGCGGCGGCGCAGCGAGCUGUCUGCCGGGCGCUCGCCGCCGCCGCCAACGGGCGCACCACGCUGCUCGUCUCGCACACUCUGCAAGGUCUGUCAUCUCACCGCAUAGUAUGCGUGGAGCAGGGCGCGGUCCGCGAGCAGGGCUCCCACGAGGAGCUGGUGGCGCGCCGCGGGAUGUACUGGCAGAUGCUGCAGGAGGACCUCACCACCAAGAGUGUGAACGUGAUGAACUCUGAGCCGGUGGUGGAGGAUGACGAUGACGAUGACGUCACUACCGCUGACGACCGCACCCACUUCAGUAGGAGUGUCAGCAGACAGUCUACUAGAGACUCGUCGGCCGCCUUCCCCCGCAGCAGUAUCCGGCUGAGUACAAUGUCUGCCCACGUCCCUCACGCCGCCACGGUCACCAGCGACGCGCUCACACACAUUGAUAGCGAGGACACGGAGGACCCUGAUCAGGCAACGGAGGAGGGAGAGAGCUCAGCUCCGGCAGUGUCGAGCUGGGCGCUGCUGAAGCUGAACGCGCCGGAGUGGCCCCACCUGGUGGGAGGGGCGCUGGCCUCCCUUGUCGUGGGGGCCACCAUGCCUGUAUUUGCGCUGCUCUUCGCAGAGCUCUAUGGGAUGUUCGCAUGGUCGGACCGGUCGGCCAUACUGUCGCAGGCGCGGCUGUACGCGGGGCUCUUCGCCGGCGUCGCGGCCGCCUGCGGACUCGUCACCUUCCUGCAGGCCUGGCUCUUCAACCUCGCUGGAGCCAGGCUCACUGACAGGCUCCGACAGAUGAUAUUUGAGAAUUAUCUCGUGCAGGACCAAGGUUGGUUCGACCGCACGGAGAACUCAGUGGGCGCGCUGUGCGCCCGACUCUCCACCGACUGCGCCGCCGUGCAGGGCGCCACUGGCACUCGCCUGGGCACGAUGCUGCAAGGUAUCAGUACGAUGACGCUGGGUGUCGGCCUGGCGCUCUUCUACUCUUGGAAGAUGACGCUAGUCAGUUUGCUGUCUGUACCCUGCGUGAGUAUAGUUCUUUGUGUAGUUGUGUAG